AUGGAUGUUCCUGAGCCCGACCAGUCGCCUUUCACGGCCAUGACCGCGCACACCUCUAGAUUGACCCGGCAAUACCAAGCCUACCUCGAUGCCUCGACCCCGUACACAACCUACCGCUGGGUAGGCUCCGGUGUGCUCCUGUUCUUCUUCUUCCUGCGCAUUGUCUUCGCGCAGGGCUGGUACAUUGUCGCCUACACACUCGGCAUCUACCUUCUGAAUCUCUUCCUCGCCUUCCUGACUCCCAAAUUCGAUCCUUCCCUCACCCAGGACGAGGGCCUCGAGGACGGUGACGCGGGGUCCCCCAGCCUCCCCACCAAGAAGGACGAGGAGUUCCGGCCUUUCAUCCGCCGCCUACCAGAGUUCAAGUUCUGGCACUCGGCCACCCAGGCCAUCACCAUCGGCUUUGUCUGCUCCUGGUUCUCCAUCUUCGAUAUCCCCGUCUUCUGGCCCGUGCUGGUUGUUUACUGGAUCAUCCUGUUUGUGCUGACGAUGCGACGACAAAUCCAGCACAUGAUCAAGUACCGCUACGUGCCCUUCUCCUUCGGCAAGACGCGGUACGGCCGUUCAUAA